UACCAAGGGACACCCCGUUACAGUAGCUGCACUUGUGCGGAAAAGUGGAGGCGCAGUGACAUUCCACCUCGUGUUUUCACCUGUUCAACUUAAACUCUAAAGAUGUCCACCAAAGAGAAGCUCAUCAGUCAUGUGAUGAAGGAGGAGCCUGUUGGCUGCAGGAACAAGGUGACGGUGGUUGGUGUCGGCAUGGUGGGCAUGGCCUCAGCCAUCAGUAUACUGCUAAAGGACCUGUGUGAUGAGCUGGCCCUGGUUGAUGUGAUGGAGGAUAAGUUAAAAGGUGAGGCCAUGGACCUGCAGCACGGAGCCCUUUUCCUCAAGACGCACAAGAUUGUAGCCGAUAAAGACUACAGCGUUACCGCCAACUCCAAGGUGGUGGUGGUGACUGCUGGGGCCCGCCAGCAGGAGGGAGAGAGCCGUCUUAACUUGGUGCAGCGCAACGUCAACAUCUUUAAAUUUAUCAUCCCCAACAUUGUCAAGUACAGCCCCAACUGCAUCCUGUUGGUGGUCUCCAACCCAGUGGACAUCCUGACCUAUGUGGCGUGGAAGCUGAGUGGCUUCCCCCGGCACCGCGUCAUCGGCUCUGGCACCAACCUGGACAGUGCCCGUUUCCGUCACCUCAUGGGAGAGAAGUUCCACCUCCACCCUUCCAGCUGCCAUGGCUGGAUCAUUGGCGAGCAUGGAGACUCCAGUGUGGCUGUGUGGAGUGGUGUGAAUAUUGCUGGAGUUUGUCUGCAGAGCCUCAACCCGAAGAUGGGGGCUGAUGAUGACAGUGAGAAGUGGAAGGAGGUGCAUAAGAUGGUGGUUGAUGGAGCCUAUGAGGUUAUCAAGCUGAAGGGCUACACUUCCUGGGCCAUUGGUAUGUCUGUGGCUGACCUAGUGGAGAGCAUCUUGAAGAACCUGCACAAAGUGCACCCUGUGUCCACACUUGUCCAGGGCAUGCAUGGAGUUAAGGAUGAAGUCUUCCUCAGUGUCCCUUGCGUCCUGGGCAACAGCGGCCUGACAGAUGUCAUUCACAUGACACUGAAGCCUGAAGAGGAGAAGAAGCUGGUGAACAGUGCUGAGACCCUGUGGGGUGUACAGAAGGAGCUCACCCUGUGAAAAGCUCUCCUUUGAGUUCUUCAACCCUCCACAACAGGCACUGUGGUUGACUCCCUCCUACCUUACCUCUUGUGUCCCUCACAGCAACGGGAGAAUGAGACAUAAGAAAUUAGACAUAGAGCUUGUAGCUAAAACCAACUAAGCUAGGUGUUACUCUGAUGCUCACGCACUGGUAUAAUUUUCCUUUGCCACCUCCCACCUGUCUUCAGCCAUCCUUGACUAGAUUCUUCGAAACUCUUACCCUUCAACCUCUUUUGGAGAGAGCUUACAUUUAUUUAGAGUCCUCUCUCUUAAAGAAGACCUUAACAUAUAAAGUGUAUGUUCUCUGUGUACUGUUACUUGUAUGUUACCGUGUAUUGUUGCUGCUUCUUCUGUACACUCCUGUGUACAGUUUGUAUUAACUCUGUAGUUGUUACUAGUUGUUUUUCCACUUGGUAAUCUCUGUUUUGAAGCAUUUGUAAGUCAUUCCAUUCUCUACAAAAAGGGCUUCCUUAUUACCCUACAGUCAUUAUAGCACUGCCACAUUUUCUAAAUCACUGGGCAAAAAUCCUGUGAUAUCCAAGUACCUUAUCAUCCGAGCAAAGCAGUGUUAGAUCUUUAAAGCUUUGCAGUGAAGCCUUCUUAACCAAACCUAACUAUAAAUGCACUGACAUGAUGUCUGAGACAAGUAAAGGGGUUACUGUCUAACCUUUACAUAAGUCAGAGAUUACAGAGAGCCAGUGGAGAACAGUAAACUAGCAUCAUCACUAAGGUUCAGUGUACGAGUCAACAAUCCUGUGUUGGUUUUUCCAAAUAUUUUAUUAACACCUUUCAAAUCUAAAAAAAGGACACAAAAAUAAUCAUAAAAAUAUCUAAUAUAUAUACUUUCAUUUAUCAGUCACUGCAGUAAUAUAUUUAUGUAUUAUUGUAACAUGUGGAUUCACCACUUACUGAAGAAUUGUACCUUGAAUGGCAGCUGGAUGUUGAUUUUUAUUUGCUGUAACAUCAAAUAAACCUGCCAGGAUAAGGAAACAAAA